UCAGUUUAGUUGACGCACCAUAUCAAACCAUAACGCUCUGUUCAGAUUAAUUCGCAGCUGCAACCUUAUUCGAUCCGCGGCUUCUUUUUAAUGACUUAUCUUAGGUUCAUUCGGUGUUUGUGAAUCAUUUAGUUUUGCUGUUUCUUUAAAACGCUUAGAUUAUAUACAGCUUGUGGAUUUGUUGACCACUAAAACAGGACCAUGUCAUUCUGAAAAAAAGUCCUUAUGUUUAAGAAAAGAACAGGCGAUCAGAAUCCUGCGAAAUCAAGCUCCAUCUAACUAGACUGGUAAUAGCAUCGUAGUUCAUCCACCAGGGCGUGGUCGUCAAAGCUCACAACAAUGUUUUGAUACCUUAUUCAAUUCAGAAUUCAGUUUUAUUAAAUGGACAUUAAUUAUCUCCGUUACACCAUCGACAUUUAAAACCAAGCAACGAUCUCAGCACCGUGUAAUCUAAUAUUUAUUAGGAACUGUAUAGAUAAGCUCUUAAUGUUUUCGCGGUCUUAUGAUUUUUGAAGAAAAUCAUAUUCAUACCCGUAUCGAUCUUAAUUGAACUUGUAAAAUUAUUUUAAACGACUGUGUGAAUCGAUGUGAUUAAAAAUCAAAAUUCAAUAAUAAAACUAAUCUACAGGAACUGUUGAAUUGUAUUAAAGUUAGAUACAAAAGACUACUACAUUUUUACGACUUGACAAGAGAGCAAAUCGAAGGCGUUUUACUCAGUGAUUAUCAAAUUUUCAUCUCGAAGCAAGUGAUAAGCGAGCUGAUACGUUGAAAGGGUGAUAACAUUUUUUAAAAGAAAGUACUUACUGCAACUGCGUUAUGAUGGCGAACGGAAUGGAUACUGUGGUUCAGCAGAAUGGCGGCUCAAAUCUUGGACAGAGCUCACAAGAAGAAUCCAAGACAAAUCUUAUUGUCAAUUACUUACCGCAGACCAUGACCCAGGAAGAGAUUCGAUCGCUUUUUUCAAGCAUCGGAGAAGUCGAAAGCUGCAAGCUUAUCCGGGACAAGCUCACUGGUCUGAACAGUCAAAGUUUGGGCUAUGGAUUCGUUAAUUAUCAUCGUCCUGAAGAUGCCGAAAAAGCCAUUAACACUUUGAAUGGUCUAAGAUUACAAAAUAAAACGAUUAAGGUUUCUUAUGCAAGACCAAGCAGCGAGGCAAUAAAGGGUGCAAAUUUAUACGUGAGCGGUUUACCAAAAAAUAUGACUCAACAAGACCUUGAAAAUCUUUUCAGUCCUUUCGGUAGAAUUAUCACCUCGCGCAUUCUCUGCGAUAACAUUACAGUACGACAAUUUGUGACUGGUGGCGGAGACAAUUUGCCGGGUUUAUCGAAAGGUGUGGGUUUUAUAAGAUUUGAUCAACGAGUGGAGGCUGAACGAGCUAUUCAAGAAUUGAAUGGCACAAUUCCCAAAGGCUCAACCGAGCCAAUCACGGUAAAAUUUGCCAACAAUCCAAGCAAUAACAAUAAAGCCAUUCCACCAUUAGCGGCAUACUUAACUCCACAAGCUACUAGACGAUUUGGUGGCCCUAUCCAUCACCCAACUGGUCGCUUCAGGUACAUUCCACUGUCGCCACUAUCCAGUAGGUACAGCCCUCUUGCAGGAGACCUACUGGCGAACUCAAUGCUACCAGGCAACGCGAUGAACGGUUCCGGCUGGUGCAUCUUCGUAUACAAUUUGGCACCGGAAACAGAGGAAAACGUGCUGUGGCAGCUGUUUGGACCCUUCGGCGCAGUACAAUCAGUUAAGGUAAUCCGCGAUCUCCAGACAAACAAAUGCAAAGGCUUCGGUUUCGUGACGAUGACCAACUACGAGGAGGCCGUCGUAGCCAUCCAGAGCCUCAACGGCUAUACCCUGGGCAAUCGUGUACUGCAAGUCAGUUUCAAGACAAACAAAAGCAAAGCAGCGUAGGACGAGCAAAGC